AGAGAAUCAUUCUCACAACAAACAUGAUGAAGAGAAGUAACCAAAUGAAGUGCAAAAAGUGGAGCGGAAACAGCAUCCAUAUGACGAUGUAACACUUAACGAAGAAGAUAAUGACGUAGCACCACCUAACGAGUUUCUGGAGAAUCAUUCUCACAACAAACAUGAUGAAGAGAAGGAACCAAAUGAAGUGCAAAAAGUGGAGCGGAAACAGCAUCCAUAUGACGAUGUAACACUUAACGAAGAAGAUAAUGACGUAGCACCACCUAACGAGUUUCAGGAGAAUCAUUCUCACAACAAACAUGAUGAAGAGAAGUAACCAAAUGAAGUGCAAAAAGUGGAGCGGAAACAGCAUCCAUAUGACGAUGUAACACUUAACGAAGAAGAUAAUGACGUAGCACCACCUAACGAGUUUCUGGAGAAUCAUUCUCACAACAAACAUGAUGAAGAGAAGGAACCAAAUGAAGUGCAAAAAGUGGAGCGGAAACAGCAUCCAUAUGACGAUGUAACACUUAACGAAGAAGAUAAUGACGUAGCACCACCUAACGAGUUUCAGGAAAAAAUGUUAACGGAAGAAAACGAGUAUUACAUUAGGAUAAUUUUGCUGCUUUGCGGAGGAUGUUUGUACGUCACAAAGCGAUUUCUGGAACAGGAGCUUAAAAAAAAUGACGAAAAACUUGAUGACCUGCUAAAAAAAAAAAGGGGGAAAUUAAGGCAUGAAUUACACAAGAAGCAAGUCGAGAGAUUGUUUCCAAAUGAUAGAUUUGACAAUACUGAUAUUGACACAUGGGAUAUCCAAAUGAUACUUUGUGUUUUAUUGCACGUGUUAAAUAAACCUGACAGUAAAGAGAAGAAACUUAUUAAAGAACUGAAGAAAUACAGAAACGAUAUAAUAGCGCAUCGUGCAACUACAACAUUGAACAAAAAGGAUUUUGAUACUUUUCAAAGCGAUAUUCAAAACACUAUGAAACACUUAGCAUCGAAAUGUGAUAGGUCGGUCCAGGAACGCUGUGACAUGCUUAUUUGUUCAUCUUUAACCGGGCAAUUAGAUAAGGGUUCAGCAGAUAAGUAUUCACAAGAACUAGCUGAGUCAGAGGAGAAGCUGCAGGAAAUCAUUGAUAAGUUUGAAUCACUGCCAGAGCGUAUAAAGCAUUUGGAUGAAAAUACCUGGAAAACUUUAAAUGAAAUACUUAAUGAUCUCAUAGAAUUGAAAAGUUAUAUGGAGACAGCGUCAAUGGAAUUGAAAAAUCUAAUAGGUGUAUCAAAAGAGGGAUUAGAUCAACUGGAAGAUUCACUGGAAAACAAAAUACGUGCGCACAUUCAAAAGCAAGAUCCAAGUGUCCGAGAAUCAGUCGAACCAAGUGACCUAACUAAAGUAGGUCAAGCAACAAGUGUUCCACAUACAACCCAGAUUGAAAAAAACACGUCUUUUUCUCCAAAAAGUAAAUCUGUCGAGGAGCAUAUUAUAGCUGCAAUAGAUAUUGGGACAGCACUUUCAGGUUGUGCCUUUUAUUGUUCGAAUCGUACAUACAUAACGCAUUGGUUGGGUCAUUUUGGAUCAAGUCAGAAAACACCGACGUGUAUAUUGUUUGAUUCCAAUAAGAAAUUCCAUAGCUUUGGUUUUGAAGCUGAAGAUAAGUAUGCGAGUCUUCCUGAAGAAACGGACGAUUAUAUGAAUUGGUUUUUCUUUCGGCAUUUCAAAAUGCAGUUGUACAAAAUCAUGCCGGUAAAACGCUUUGUAACAGUUGAUGGGAAAGAAAUGGAUGCAAUGGGAGUGAUGUCGGCCACAAUAAUGUUUUUUCGAGAGAAAGUGUUAGAAGACAUCGAAAGGCGUUUCGGCGUGGAUUAUUCCAUGUACUGUAUACAAAAAAUAAGAUGGAUACUAACAGUGCCGGCAAUAUGGACGGAUUCAGCCAAACAAUUCAUGAGAAAAGCUGCUAUACGAGCUGGUAUACAAACAGAUGAAUUGAGAAUUGCACUUGAACCCGAGGUUGCAGGUAUUUAUUGUUUAUGUGAAGGUACUCGGUCUAUCCUUGCAGCCUCUGGCGAUAAAUGCAUUGUUGUAGACAUGGGUGGUGGGACUGUUGACAUUACGCCGUUGGCAUUUGAGCAUCACGAAGGAUUCAAAAUACAUGUACUUCAUACACCUUGCGGUUGUGCAUGUGGUAGUAAAAAAGUAGACGCUGCGUUUUUUAAGCUGAUUGAGUACUUAGUAGGAGAAUUGUUUUUUUCAAAGUUCUGUACAGAAAACAGAUGGGAUCAUAUUGACUUCCAAAGAGAUUUUGAACGGAUAAAACUAAGAAUUUCAAACGAAACCGAUGAUAUAACGUUUAUCAAUUUUAAAAAUUCUAUGUUGCAUCGAUACCAAGAAGAAAUUGGUGAUGUAAAUGAAGCAAUUAAGAAGUCUGCUUAUCGAGAGAACAUUUCAUACAGUCGAGGUAGGCUAAGAAUCAGUUCAGAUACUUUAAAAUCACUUUUCAAGCCAUGUUCUGAUCAAAUAAUCCAGCACAUUGACGAUGUUCUGAGAACAGUGUCUCGCGACAGAAUAAAGGCGAUAAUAUUAACGGGUGGAUUCUCAGAAAGUAGUCUAAUGCAAAAUGCUAUUGCAAGAGCUUUUCCAAAUUUGAAAGUACUCGUACCAGAAAGUCCUAUUGAAGCUGUUCUUAGAGGAGCAGUUUUGUAUGGUCUAACACCACAUAUUAUUACUCAGCGUGUAAGUAAAUAUACCUAUGGUAUCGAAAUAUCGCCUCUUUUUGAUGCCUCAAUUCACGAUGAAUCUCGUCGCGUUGUAAUUUGUGGGAAAGAAAGAUGCAAGAAAGUUUUCAGGAAAUUUGUUGGCAUUGGAGAGGUUUUGUCAUUAGAUACGAAAGUUUGCCAAGAGCACUCGACAAUUGUGCCAUACCAAGAGAAAGUCGGUUUCAGAAUAGUUUGUUCAGAUUCACCACAUCCUAUGUAUACUGAUGACACAGGCGUCCUUUUACUUGGAACGUUGCACGUUUCAUUACCACCAGAACAAGAAACAAGUGAUUUCAAUGUACAAUUUAGAUUUGGAGGAACUGAAAUAGUAGUAACUUCUGUAGAUUUAAAGAGCCAGGAAGUGAUAAGUGGCACAUUUAAUUUUUUAGGAUGACUUUUAAUAAGCAACACUUGAAAUUCACAAUCAUUCAGUGAAAUAUGAAUUGCAUACGUGAAACUUGUCCAUUUAGCUUAUUUUUAUUAGAGGUAAUUUUAAUGGUUCUAGCGUGGUUUUAUAACAAACAUUUAAUUAGCAAACUUGCUAAUUCAAUGUCAUAUUUGUCUUAUGAAGCUAUUCUGUCAUAAUCAUUAAAAUAUCUAUAUGUAUUGUGAACUUAUAUAUAUGUCUAUGACGAUGUAUACAAGUUGAAAAUAAAACAUCUGUGCGGCAGAAUGUUGGGUAAUGCCAGAUUGUCAUUUCAAAGUAGUCAACGUGAAGAUAUCAUUUUCACGCACGAACACACGCACACACACACACACACACACAGAGAGAGAAAGAAAUGUAUCCUUUGGUAUAAUAUUAUAUUCAGUCUAACAUAAAAUAAUGUAAAAUACCAAAUCAAACAUAUUUAUUGUUCAGUUGUUUCUGAUGAAAAUAUUUCACAUAUGUUUACUUAUUUUGUGUGUAGGUCACGUGAUCGAGCACAGAAAGGACAUGACACUCCAUGUGCUCCAUAUCAUGAAAUGGUAACUUGUAUUGUGCUAUAGUCACUGUAUUUACAUGCUUUAUGCAAUAAACUUUUGAAUUGAA